AUGGCUGUGUCUGUGAUGAAACCAGGCCAAGUUGUCGAAACUGCAUACGCUUCUCGGUGGAUUGCCAUUACUUACAUGGUUCUCCAACUGGCUCUCAACUCCCGCCCACCAUCUCUAAAGGCGUCUGGAAGACCGCGAAAGGUCUGGCGCUCUUCAUUGCACUCAUUACGACAACCAGACCAUGGUUCUACGAUCCAAGCAGAAUCGGAUAGUACCUCUCUCAACUUGACUCAUCUCGAACUCCUUCAUCACUAUUCAACCUCAACGUGCAACACCUUCUCAGAUGAACCAUCUGCAAGACUUAUGUUCCGUGUUCAGGUUCCGCAGAUGGGCAUCGAGCAACCAUUUCUUAUGCACUUGCUUUUAGCAUUGGCAAGUCGGCACAUUCAAUUUCUGACCUCGGAAGAGAACAAGAGCACUCACUAUGCUGAUGCCGCCGAGCAGCAUUUUGCUAUCGCUCUGCCACAGGUGACACAAGCUUUAACUCGUCUGGACCAUCAGAAUUGUCGAGUCUUCCACAUCUCUUCGCUUCUCAUAUGUUGGUAUAUGUUAUCAAGAGGCCCUAGUCCAGGGGAAUACCUGGUUUUUAGCGAUCAUGGUCCACCGAUGUGGCUGCCUCUGCUUCGUGGCGUGCGCACACUCGGGGAAACAGAAGGAUUUGAGGGGGUUUUCAAUAACACUGCUUUAUCAAAAAGUGCAGAUAAGUUUCCAAAUGCUGAUGCACCGACAGCGGUCAGGUUAAAUCUGCCAAGAAUAAGUUGGCAGAAGCGCUUUCAGGAAUUGGGGGGAUUGAUUUCCGCAACCGCGCCGACAGAUUCUGUCGAGAUCUACCUGGUUGCGCAUGAUAGACUAGCCCGGAACUAUGAGGCAACCUACGGCGACGAUGAAAACAGAUCCUACAAUGGCAAUGCUAUCCACCAGAUGAUCUUUCAAUGGCUAUAUCUCAUGGACGAUGAAUUUGUGGACCGAAUGCAACAAAAGAAACCUCACGCGCUUCUCAUUGUGGCAAACUUUGCCUUGCUUAUCAACCUUUAUGAUUUGUACAAUUGUUGGUUUCUUCGUGGUUGGGCUACACAUAUUCUGUGGGGGAUUUAUCAUUCACUGGAGGAUGAUUAUCGAGUCUGGAUGCAGUGGCCCAUGGAAGCGGCCGGUAUUGAGUGGAAUCCUUUUGUCUAUGAGAAGCGGUGA